AUGAAGCUGACUUUUGCUUUCUCUUUACUGCAUAGUGUAAGCAUUUGGAACGUCGAAAAUCCCCUUGAACCAGGAGAAUAUCCAAUACAUUUCCCCGACUGUAACCGUGAGCCGCUCUGUUCCAACGCUGUUUGCGACUCGUCUCUCUCGCCAAAAGAAAGAGCUACCGCUCUUCUGUCGCUGUGGACUAUCGAGGAGAAGAUUACGAACCUCGUUGAAGAUGCAUCCGGGGUUCCAAGAUUGGGGAUCAAGCCAUAUCAAUGGUGGGCCGAAGGCCUUCACGGUUUAGCAAGCCGAGGGGUGACGGUCGAUAGCCCUUCAUCUGGAGAGUGGUACUGCGCAGCUUCAUUUCCACAACCUAUCUUAGUGGGAGCUGCUUUUGACGACGAACUCGUGACUGCCAUGGCUGAUGUCAUUGGCACUGAGACACGAGCAUAUAACGCCGAUGGACGUGUCGGUCUGGAUCUCUAUACCCCCAACAUCAACUCGUUCAAAGACCCAUGCUGGGGUCCUGGCCUCGAGAGGAAGGUUGGGGGCUACAAGGUUAUCACUACCUGCAAACACUAUGCUGGGAAUGAUUUUGAAUCGUUGGGCAGUGUUACGCGCCAUAAUUUCGACGCACAAAUUAGUAUGCAGGAUCUGAAUGAGUUCUAUCUUGCGCCGUUUCGACUACCUGAUGCAGAUAUUCUUCGCCAGCAUUGGGGCUGGGAGAAGGAAGAGCAUUAUAUUUCUUCCGACUGUGGCGCAAUUUCGGACAUCUGGGAAAAUCACAAGUAUUCCAAGACAGCAGGUGAAGCUGCUGUUACUGCUUUGCGAGCAGGGACCGAUCUCGAGUGCGAGUUUGGUAAUACAGACCUACUGAGGGAUGGGUGGAGCAAUAACUUGCUUACAGAAGAAGAUAUGGAUAAUGCACUGACUCGGAUGUGGUCAGCCCUCAUCUCAUCACAGAAGCUAGCAUAUGACGCCGCUGUGGCAGGGGCCGUCCUCCUCAAAAAUGAAGAUCAUCACCUGCCCCUUGAGAAAAGAGGCAAGAUAGUGCUCAUUGGUCCAUGGGUUAACGCCACGGAGCAGAUCCAAGGCAACUACUUUGGCCCCCCUCCAUAUCUCAUCUCUCCCCGCCAGGCCGCUGAAGAUAUUGGCCUCGACUUCACAUGGGCAGUUGGCUCGGCCAUUAAUGGCCCUGAUCCCUCUUUUGAUGACGCGGUUGAGGUGGCAAAACAGCCGAUCAAGUUCUCUUCCUCGGUGGUCUUGAUAACACCAUCGAAGCUGAACGACAAUAAGCUCUUCGAAAACGAGGCAAUCAAAUCGGUUCUUUGGUGUGGAUAUCCAGGGCAGUCAGGCGGCAAAGCUGUUAUUGAUCUAUUAUUUGGCCUUGCUGCACCGGCAGGUCGUCUUCCAGUCACACAAUACCCCGCUGUAUAUGUUGACGAAGUCCCGCCCACUGAUAUGACUCUGCGUCCUGGCCAGAACGGAACAAACCAUGGGCGAACGCACAUGUGGUACUCCGGAGAGGCGGUUGUACCAUUCAGUUUCGGCGUCCACUACACUAGCUUCAAGGUGUCGUUCGGUGGGGAUUUUGGGUGGCAAGGUGAAUUCAAUGCUGGUGAUAUUUCCAACGUAGGAAUCCUCGCUGAAAGCACACCAUGGAUGGAUUUGAUCAAUAAACCUGUGCUGAAGGCUGGCCCGGAACCAUGGCCCAACCAAACUCUAGUUGGCUAUACGCGCGUCAGGAGCAUCAAGGCCUAUGAGACAAAAACAGUUGAAGUGGUCUUGCAACUAGAGAGAUUUUUGCGCGUCGAUGAAGACGGAAACCGUGUACUCUACCCCGGUGAAUACGAGCUCUUCAUCGAUGUUGACGAAAGGGCGACUCGGAUUGUGGAAUGGGUUGGAGAGCCGGUGGUCGUGGAGAAGUUUCCACAUCCUACUUAG